CUUCCUCCCACUCUCAUUGGAUGACCAUCAGAGAUUGUGGGGAUUUCAGUAUAAAUACAAGCCAAGCUCUCCUCCAUUCACAACUUCCAUCACUUCUCUCCUCCAUUCACAACAUCCAUCACUUGACUGAGCUGUCCAUCCAGACUCUUAAAGAAACUGAAGAAGCAGUAUCCAUGACCAACAUGAUGACAUCAACAGUCCUCAUCAGCUUCCUGGCCUGUCUGCUCCUGGUCAAUGUUGAAGGCCAGGUGGGUCAUUCUAAAGCUCGGUGCCUGUGUCUGAAUGGAAUGGUGAACCACGUUAAACCUGUUCUCAUUGAGAAGCUCGAAGUGUACACCUCCAGCCACUCCUGCCAGAACAUGGAGAUCAUUGUCACUCUGAAGAACGGAAAAGGGAUGAAGUGUCUGAAUCCAGAGGCUCCAUUUGCCAAGAAAACCAUUGAGAAAAUAAUGAAAAACCAAAGGAGUGUGCAGUAAAAUUAACGACACCAGUUCAGGUGAGAACUUGAUGGAGAGAGAGCUAUUCCUGAGGAAUGCAAAGAAGACUGCCUGAAAACUGCCUGAAGACAGCCUGAAGACUGCCUAAAUAUAUGUUUACACUGUUGAAUGGUACUUAGAAAGUUGUUUUUUAUAUUUACAAAGUCAGUAUCUGUUACAGAAUAUGACUUACUAGUUGAGAGACAUUUCUAAUAUUUCCAAUGGAAAAAAUAAAAAAAAUGUAAAUAUUUAAA